AAAGAAGAGGAUACGCUGAACUUGACCUGUCCCAGUUACCACGAGAAUAAAAAUAGUCAGCAGCUCAUCACAGCGACAAUCUCUGCAACAGAUGCUCCUUGUGUAACGCCAUCACCAACACCAACAGUAACAGCCGCAACAACAGCAGCAGAAACAACAACGACGAAAGUGGAACCAGUAGUUGUGACAACAGCAACAACAGCAACAGUAGCACCGACAACAACGGUGGCGGCAAUGAAAUCAAACACCAUCUCAUCACCCAACUGGGAUCAGGCGAGCCAGUCCACGGUUGUCGCAGUCGAUCCCAGUACCAGUGUCGGUGGACUUGAUUUCUUGCCCAGUCAAACGGAUCAACCUAUCUCCUAUUUAUGGCCUCAGCAUCAUAACUACGAUCCGCUAUUGUUGCAUUCCUUGGAGUCAACUUCCACCACGACUGCCACCCUGGUAGACAAACGGAAGCGAACAAGGACAAAUUUUUCAGUGAAACAAUUGGAAGAGCUGGAGAUGAUCUUUCGUGUCAGUCACUAUCCGACUCUGUGUGUUCGCGAAGAGCUGGCUCAACGUUUGGAAUUACCCGAAUCCCGUAUUCAGGUCUGGUUUCAAAAUCGAAGAGCAAAGUGGAGAAAACGCGAAAACACGAGAAAAGGCCCAGGUCGACCAGCUCAUAAUGCUCAACCAUUGACUUGUUCCGGUGAACCCAUUGAUCCAAAGGAACUUAUGCAACGAGAACUGUAUCGAUUGGAAAAACGUCGACUAAAGCUUAUGAAACGAUCGAUACAACAGGAAUCAAAACGCUCGAACAAGGGGAAACAUACAGUCAAUGUGACAACCAGUCUCUACGACGGAUCGAAUUCACAAACUCAUUCAUCUGGCUCGUUGUCUACAGACAAAUCCGGGAACGGUAGCUGCACUCCGCUGGAACAACCAAUCAACUUUUCCGAGCCCAAAACGAGUCAAUCGACCGAGUCGACGCAUGAGUUGUCCUUCAAUCCGUUUCACUCGUUAUCCACACACCGGAUACAAUCCCCGUUACAGUCUCCCGUAUACAAUCUGAUCUCAUUGUCCAGUAUGAUUGAUACCAAGUCAAGAACGACCAUAGAGCCACAGAACGAAUGCACAGUUCCGAACAGACCGGUCGGUUUCGAGACGAUCAGUGAUGCAAUCGCGAGUAACCCUAGAAGAGUGACUCUGUUCACAAUUGAUAAAAUACUUGCCACAAAUUGA